AUGGGGCCGGUGGGGACGGCGGCUGUGCGUGAUGGCGGCGCCGCGCUGCCUCACGGCUUCUGGGCGGCGGUGCGCGUCUGGCUGGAGAAGCCGCAGGUGGCCAACAGGCGGCUGUGCGGCGCCGCCAUCGAGGCCGAGGGGACGGUGCCGCUCGGGGAGGGCGGGGAAGCGUCUCCCCCCGUCGCCGCCGUGUGGGGAGGCGGGAGCGGCGGGGGCCGGGGGGGGCGAGCGGCGCCCGCUGGGGCUGCGGAGCUGGGCCGGCUCUGGAGGGAGGUGUGCGGCCAGCUGCCGGCGGGGCACGGGCACCUGCCGCCGCCCCUCACGCCGUGGGGCGGGCCGGGCCGCCGCCCCGAGCUCCGCGCCGUGCUGAGGACGCUGCUGCCCCGGGGGCGGCCCGCCGGCCCAGCCGCUCCGCCGCCGAAGGAGCUGGCGGUGCAAGAUAUUUACAAUGGGACUGUGACCUUUUUGCCUUUGGAGGAAACCAGUGAAGGAAAAUACCAGAUUAAAAAGUGCAAUAUUUAUCAAAUUCAACUUACACAUGUAAAAGAUGAAGAAUGGUCUGUGUCUAUUGUAGCCCUGUUUCCAGAAGACUGGUUUUCAGAUGGAGUUGCAUAUCCCAAACUAGCAUGGCUUGGAAAUGAGCUUUUGUCCAAACUGGCUAAAUGGUCUGUGGAGCAAAAGCCCAGUGAGUUUAAAAGUACACUCUCGCUCAUUUCUGUGGCAAAAUACAGCGAGGUUUAUCAAGACCUUAAGGAAAAAUACAAAGAGAUGGUAAAGGUGUGGCCUGAAGUGACAGAUCCUGAGAAAUUUGUUUAUGAAGAUGUUGCCAUUGCCACUUACUUGCUGAUUCUUUGGGAACAAGAAAGAAAGGAAAAAGGGUUGACCAAGAAACAGUCAUUUGUAGAUCUUGGAUGUGGAAAUGGUCUACUGGUUCAUAUUCUAAACAAUGAAGGGCAUUCAGGUAGAGGAAUUGAUGUGAGGAGAAGGAAAAUAUGGGACAUGUAUGGACCAGAAACUCAUUUAGAGGAAUCUACAAUCAUGCCAGGUGACAGUCACCUCUUUCCAGACACUGACUGGCUCAUAGGAAACCAUUCAGAUGAAUUAACACCAUGGAUACCUGUAAUUGCAGCUAGGUCUUCCUAUUCAUGUUGCUACUUUGUGCUGCCAUGUUGCUUCUUUGAUUUCCAUGGAAAAUACAGCCGAAGACAAAGCAAGAAAACUCAGUACAGAGAGUAUCUUGAUUUUGUUGCCCAAGUGGGAUUUGUAUGCGGCUUUGAUGUGGAAGAAGAUUGCCUUAGAAUUCCAUCAACAAAAAGGGUAAGCCUGAUUGGAAAAAAUAGGACCUAUCCACCUACAGAACGUGCUCUGAUUGACAAGCAGAUAACACAGUAUAUUAAUAAUCGUCAGACCUGUGCUGUGGUCAUGUGUGACAGAAGAGUUGGAUUUAAUCAUAAGGAUCACUCUGAUGAUGUGUGCAAAGAAGCACGCUCAGAACUUCCUGAAAAUGAGACUGAGACUGCUGGUACAGUUUGGAUGCCUAAAUUUCAACCCAGAGAAAAAGUAGAACAAAUCAGGAAUUGUGCUUCCCUCCCUCAGGAUUUUGUAGAUGAUGUGGUUCUCAAUGUGGCAAACCUGCUGUUAAAUGCAGUCCCCCAAAAAUCAUGUUCUAAUAUGCUUGAUGGGAAUACAAACACCUGGAAUCAAGGAGAAAGCCUUUCUUUGAAAGAAGUAGCAGAACACUUAAAUAAAGAGACUUUAAAAAGACUAAAGAGUGAAUAUGGAGGCCUGCAGACACUACUUAAGAACAAUCAUCAGGUAUUUGAAGUUCUAAAUGGGAGAGUUCAUAUUCGUGACUGGAGAAAAGAGAAACCAUCAAGGAAAACUAAGCCUGAAGUGAAACGACGCCUUUCAGCUGAAGCAUUUAAAACACGUCUCUGUUGGUUUUUCAUUCAUCAUCCUGAUGGCUGUUCCUUGCCUUCUGAAUCUUGCCCAUAUGCUCAUGGGACUGAGGAGCUAAGGCAGUCUCAGAUUAUUAAAAAGAAAAAACAUAUACAGUAAUGAAAUACUGCCACUUACGUUUAAGUUUGUGUAUAUAACUGAAUCUGAUUGUCUUCAGGACUGCCGAGUGCAUGAAAAACUGUAUGAUUUGGAGGGGGUUUUGCCAUUCUUGUGUAUCUUAUUUUCCACUUAGUUACAAGUUUGCCUGUAUUUUUAAUUCUUUAUGUUUUUUUUAUUAACAUGGAAAAGGUAUAGUAAAGCAUGUAUAUACUUCUGGA